AUGUGCACCAUUUCUCCAGGUCCUGGGGAGUGUUUCACCAUGUCUGGAAUAACCAUCUACAGGGCCCAAGAGAAUCUUCUCGCACUCCUCCUCAGACGCGUCCAGAGGCUUCGAAGGGAGUGCAGAAUAGCCUUGGGUUUAGAUCCUGAUGCGACUGAUGAUACAAGCAUUAUACUAUCAGGCAAAGCGGCAGAGCAGAGCGCGGAAAUCGAUGCUUAUUACCUAGCAGUCAUUGACAAGACACUAGACAACUACCGAGAUAGUUCGCGCAAAAGAGUCAGGAAAGUCCCUUCUAUCCUUUUAUUAGCGGAUGAGGUGAUAUGUGGUCUAGAGCAUAAUCUCGCAACUGUUCACGGGGCAUUGGCCGAGCAUAUCACUGACAUCCCCCAUACUGGCGAGACUGGAUCUGGAGACACGUCAUCCAAGACUUGGGAUCCAGCAAAGCGAAAGGCAGAGGACAAACAGAUUGAGGAAGCACGUACCAUGGUUGAUUGCCUGCUCGAAGAACAUACAGAUGUAAGCCGAGCGACCUACUGCCUAGAGCAAAUCCAGUCAUCCCGAAAACGAAUUAUCAGUCUACGUUAUGACCAAGUAUCAAAGCUUUUCGGAGUUCGCCUUGAAUGGAUCAUACAGCUCCUGCGAACUGAUGAAACCAUAUUGCCUCACAUCUUCCCAGCACUAGACAAGAUGAACCCUAAGAACAUCGAGCGGGAUAGUAAGAUUUUCAAAAAAAUGAGGGGCAACGUUGAAAAGAUUCUGGGCAAAGAUAUACCUGAGGAGGUCUUCAAAGGAGCCGACCAAGAAUUAAUUGACCUAACUAAUCGCUUGAAAAAGGAGUUCGAUGCUAUUGUUGGAGGAUUUAAAAAAUACCAGGCGGCCCCAGGAAUUAUUGCCAAAGACGGAAUUCCAGCCUGGAAAGCUGGGCUCCCUGAUUUUAUGUUCACGUACUUCAAAGAUAUGGUCGGGAGGGCCAUGUGUGCACACGAUCAGCGGCUGAGGAUGGACGAUGUCCUGAUCAAAAGGGAGGGAGAAAGAUUGUUGCGAUACGAGGGGGAGCUUAAUCUCAUCGAGAAGUUGAGAGAGGCGGUGAUGGUGUCGGAGGUUGAGCUUGAGUGGCUAUCACGACUCCAGGGGGAUGGUUUCGUUGAAAUGGGCCUGUGCGAGCGAACUCGAUCAAACGAAAUGAGGAGCUAUCUGAAAAACAUGGGCUUGGAUAAGCUCAAACUCUCGAGCCAUGUUAUACCAGAUAAAAAUGACAAUAAGGCAUCUAUGAAGGGUGGGGAUAGGGCCAAAGAUGAGGGACCUAGUGCUACGAAAAUACAGGAGCAGGUAGGAACUAGCAACGAAGUAUCCCAUGCUGCUAGUGUGAGAGAGCAGCCCAAAACCCUUGACGAAAGGCCGCUUCCAAUUAUUCAUGACGAGCAGUCGCAGCCCAUUGAUGAAGGGUUUCUUUCCAAAGAUGAGGCUGUAGUGGGAGCCCAUCGAGGCGGAUCAUCUGCCAAGGAUAAAGAACCUUAUGUCGCGGAGGGCGAGGACCGGGCAAACGCUGAUCAUGGGAGUGCUUCGAUUGUUAAGAAUCAAGAUCCGGGAGAAGCCGAAGUCAGUUCGGCUACAUUAAGCCAAGAAGAACUGUGUAUGGAAAUAGAUCAAAGAGUGAAGCAGGUUUUGAGAGGUUUUGCACCCUGGGAAGAGGACAAAAAUACCAUUCGCGCACUUUGGAGGACUAGGACAAACGACAAUACUUUCACGGCCGACUUUGGCGUUAGGUCCAGAAUCAUUGAAAAUUUAUGUCGCCUGGAUAACGAGCGGGCAAGAGCCGCAGCAGAUGACGCAUUGCAGCAACUCCGGUACGAAGAAUUCGAAGUUAAGAGGUUCUUGGACCAGGAGGAGGUACUUAAAAGGCAGGAGGAGAAGAAAUUGAAGGGGGGAAAAGAUAAGAAAGAGGAAUUGCUGAACAGUCUUGAGAAGGCGACAAGCGAGCUCGCCCUCUCUAGGAGCACACCAUUGUGGUAA